AUGAAUGUCCGUAAACACAGAGGUAAAAAAAAUGUAGAACUUUCAUCAAUGUCACUUGUUGUACCAGAAGGUUCAAAUGUUUUCAAAAACAGAAUGGAAAAGACCAGAGCCCUAAGAAAAUUUAAAGAAGGUUUACCAAAAUCUCCAUCUAAACGAUGCGCAGUUAUAUCGAUUUAUUUGGCCCGCAGAUCCCCUCGAUCGCCAACAAUAGCUAAUCUGAAACAUUCAGUUUCGCCAGUUGAAAUGGCCGUCGUUGCAGAUAUUCAAGAAAUAAUAAAAUCUACAAAAUUAAAGCGAUCUAAGAAUGCACGUUCGGUAAUGAAUUCUGUUACUGCAUCAAUCAGCGGGGAAAAUUUAGCAAACUCGAGAGGUAAAAUUAAACUGUAUAAAAAUUUAGGUUUGCCAGCAAGAAGGGUUGCUGGAGGCCAGCGUAUUAGGUCUAGAAUUCUUAAAAGUGAAUCGUCUGCAUGGGCUCUUACGCAACAGAAAACAAGAAAAGAUUCCAUUUCAGAAGAAACAAAGAAAACAGUUUAUAACUUUUGGCUCUCUGAUGGCAUAUCACACCCGACCGGCAACAAAUCCGAUAUCAAAAGAGAACGAUUGGGACCAAACUUCUAUACUUCGCAUAUGACACAUGUGCUGGAAAAAACACAAACUGAUGCGUAUUUAGAUUUUGUCGCCAAAUAUCCGGAAAUUAAAAUUGGACAAAGAGCAUUUGAGAAACUUCGACCGUUUUUCUCGUCUUCAACUGUUGAAUGGCAAAAAUAUGAAUAUAUAACUAAAAAAUCGAAGGGUAAAAAUGUAAGGCGCCGACUGACCCUGAUAAAAAAGAAAACUAGCGUAAACGAAAUGUUUCUCAAUUUAAAAAAGCUUCUCGAAACUUUCCCCGCUCACCAGCACCGAUCAAACUGGCAAAGCAAUCAACUUAAAAGUCUUGUUCAGAACUUGCCAGUCAAUCAUUGCAUAUGCAUCCACGAUUAUUCGGAAAAUUAUCGCUGUGUCGAGAAAGAAGAAAUCCAAUCCAAUUACUUCCAAAGAACUGAAUGCAGCAUUCAUGUAACCGUCAUGCACCGACACGCCAUUUUAGAAUACGAUGGUGUAGACAGUACAGAAGAAUUUCCGGAAAUAAUUACGGAACAUUUUUUCGUAAUUUCCCCGGACCUGCAACAUGAUAAUGAUUUUACAAAAUAUGUCCAAAAGAAAGUUAAGGAAUAUUUAGAUUCAAUAUCAUACACAGUUGAUCAUAUGCAUGAAUUCACAGACGGUUGUUCUAGCCAAUAUAAAUCGCGGCACUGUUUAGGAAGUUUAUCUACUGCCAUCCCUGAUUUCGGAUAUAAAAUAUUCCAUAGACAUUUUUUUGAAACAAGCCAUGCAAAAGGGCCUCAAGAUGCCGCGGGGGGAUUUAUAAAAAGACAGGCGGACAUAUCUGUUCUACGUGGCAAUACAGUGAUUCAGAAUGCGAAGGAUUUAUUUACGUUCUGCGAAAGUAGCCUUAAAAAGCCAAGAAGUGCAUUAUUUAAAAGAAGGGUAUUUCGAUAUGUGGACUCAAUUGAUAGACACAAUUCCAAAAUAUUUAAGCCGAUCCAGCAAAAUAGACAAAUACAUCAUGUUUUUACUAGUACAUGUAAUGAAAUCAUUGUUUCCGAUCUCUCUUGUUACACGUGCGAUCAAUGCAUUUUGGGGAAUUAUCUUAACUGUUUAAAUGUAGAAAAUACCGGGGUAAAGAAAACUAUUAAGCCACGCGAAAUAACACAAACUUCUAACGAAGAAGAAAUAGCACAAGACACUGACAUUCUUUCAGAAGACAUAUCAGAUUUGGUAUCCAUAAACUCUGUUGUGGCUGUCAAAACCGACGAUGAUAACUUUGACUAUUAUUUAAUGAAAAUUUCCAAAGGUUCACACGUAUUGAAUUCAGCAGAGAGUGACAGCUGGGGUGCUACAUAUCCCCCUGGAUUCGAGGUUUUCCGGGGUCAUUAUUAUGACAAAAUCAGUGACAAUGAUCCGUGAAAAUAUAAACUUUUAAAGACAAAGACUGCUUUGGUACCGACGAAAUCUCUGCUAUACAUACUUGCUGAUGUAGAUGCCUCUUAUCGUAUAACUAUUUCAGAGGACACCCAUCUAGACAUUCUUUCUGUAUUGGACAAUUUGGAUUGAAAUAAGAAUUAAAUUAUAAAACAUCAUGCACUGUUGUUUAGCCACUCAUAAAAUAUUUUAGUAGACCUUUCCGAUUCAAAUGAAAUGAUUCAACGUGGCUCUGCUUAUAAUUAAAAAAUAUAAAAUAUAUAUAUAUAUAUAUAUACAACUCGUCUAAACAUCAACCCAACAAUGUUAGAUCUGUAAAUUUGCUUUCGCAAAUUUUUGGUUCUUCCCUCGCCGGGAUUCGAACCCAUGCUACUGUGAUAUCGUGACACCAAAUCG